CCUUGUGGUCGCUGGUUAGCUGGUGGAUGUGGGGAAUGAGGGAUGGUCGUCGGCCGCGCCAAACCACACAGCUAAGCUGGCCUCCACCCAACAGACCCUAAUUGACUGCGAUCAUGGACACACUUCUUCAUAUUCAUCUUUCUUCAACCCAUGUCCAGCUCUGAUCCCGCGCUACUGGUGCUAACAGACUCGCAAGAUAUUGAUGAGCAGCAUGGCGCAAGAGUCGAAGUUGCCAAUGGCCUGGCUUCACCUUCCCUCCACAGUAAUGGCGACAAUCGAUACAAGCCGUCGCUGUUCCAUCGCAUGCGACAUGACAAAUCGGUCCUUUGCAUGGCAGUCUCGAAAGAUCGCAUAUACGCCGGAGCACAUCGUGGGGAGAUAUUAGUCUAUCGAUUAGAUACCUUCGAACGCGAAGCUGUCCUCGUGGGCCAUAGCAGCAGCGUAUUGGGGCUUGCCCUGUCCUCGGACUAUACACUCUUGUUCUCCAGCUCUGGAGAUCGAACAGUCAACGUUUGGGACACGAGUACAUUGACCCUACUAUACUCCAUCUAUUCUACCUACGACACAGGUGAUGUUUUUUGUGUAACAUACUCCGCCGACUUGCAAGUGGUUUAUCUCGGGGCUCAAAAUACCAGUAUACAGUGGUAUGACUUGAAAGAGAAAGAAUCUCGACCUCGCCCAAAACCCUCUGCACAUCCAUCAUUCCGACAAGAUCGAUUCUUCGAUUCCUCUGGGCCUGGUGGUGUACGCACACCUCGGCAGUGUUCCUCCGAGCGGCCUAGGGAUACAAAGGGCAGUCUGUCGUUAGAAAUUGACAAGCACUAUAUACGCCAAUAUGCCCAUUUCGGCUAUGUAUACUGUAUGCUACUUGCUGCAGGAAGUAUAUUUGGCUACCGAGGUGAAGAAGUUCUCAUUUCAGGCGGCGGAGAUGGUGCGAUCAAGCUCUGGCGAUUAGACGCAGACAACAGCGGGGCUUUGCGUAGCCUUGGACAGCUAGAUGAUGGAAGAGAGGAAGGCCAUUCCGUCUUGACAAUCGCACUUGACGGAAUGUUCCUAUAUAGCGGAAGACUCGGAGGUGAGAUAAAUGUGUGGGACCUGGAGACUCGUCAAUUGGUUCGAAAUCUGAAGACCACCAUUGGGGACGUCCUUACCUUGACCAUCGGGGGUGGCUAUCUAUUUAGUGCUGGCAUGGAUGGGGUCGUGGAGAAAUUCAACUCUCAAUAUGAGCCUGUCGCACACUUCAAAUCACAUGCAGGUCUAGUACUAAGCUCAGCCUUCACGAUACAUAAAGGAAAAGCGAUGUAUGUGACUGGAGGCAAUGAUAGCACCGUCUCUGUAUGGGACGUUAGCGAUUGUCAUCGCACCCAAGCCACAGGGCUUAGAACCACCAAUGAGCAAUUGUUCGAUUCGCUGAGGGCAUUCGUGUCCUAUCGUACCGUAUCAUCGGAUGCCCGAUACAAGGGCGACUGUCGGAGAGGAGCAUCGUGGUUACGCGCCUUGUUUCGUAACUUUGGCGCCGCAACACAUAUGCUCAACGCUGACGAUGGGUACAAUCCCAUAAUCCUCGCAAAAUUUCGAGGCAACGCAGCAACUGCCGCGCAACGUAAGAAGAUUCUGUUCUAUGGCCAUUACGACGUUAUCGCAGCCGAGAACGAGAAAGGAAAAUGGCUCAUGGAUCCGUUCUCUUUGGAAGGGAUUGAUGGCCACCUUUACGGACGCGGUGUUUCCGACAACAAAGGCCCUAUCAUGGCAGCGAUCUACGCUGUCGCAGAAUUGGUCUCGGAGAAGGCUCUGGAGGCAGACAUCGUAUUUCUGAUCGAGGGAGAAGAGGAGUGCGGCUCACGUGGGUUCUCCAAGACCAUCCAAGACAAUAAGAGCCUCGUCGGCGAUAUCGACUGGAUAUUAUUGGCCAAUAGCUACUGGCUGGACGAUCAUGUUCCGUGCUUGACAUAUGGUCUACGUGGUGUGAUACAUGCUUCUGUCCAGAUCGAGAGCAACCACCCAGAUUUACAUAGUGGCGUAGACGGGAGCUCCCGCUUAGAUGAACCUCUGAAAGAUCUGGUGCUACUUCUGUCAAAGUUGACAGGAGAAAAGGGGUCUGUCCUAAUUCCAGGGUUCUACGAUCCUAUCAUGGCUGUUACGCGCGAUGAAAGGGCUCUUUACGAUGAAAUCACCAAAGUGCUCUUGGAGCGCAAUCCAGACCUUGGCGAUUCCGAAGAACUUGCCGACUCCCUCAUGCGACGGUGGCGAGAUCCUUCACUCACGUUCCAUGGCUUCAAGACCUCAGGCCCAAAUAAUUCGACCAUCAUUCCACAUCUUGCACGAUCUGCACUCUCUCUUCGGCUUGUUCCAAACCAAGAGUCGCAUGUCAUCGUAAAAUCUCUCAUCGAAUACCUUCAUAAAGAAUUCAGCAAACUGGAGACAAAAAACACUCUUACCAUUACCAUAGACCACCAAGCAGAACCUUGGCUAGGUGACGUCCACAAUGCCAUCUUUAAAACACUUGAGGCUGCCAUCAUGGAAGUCUGGGGGCCGAUCUAUGGUCGGCGCCGCUCUUCACUUGUCACCAGGCCGGCUGCUCCUAGCUCCUUGACGAGUCCACCUUCUCGUCCUGUGACGUCUACUGGUCCUACCACAUCAAAUACUUUAGCUCAUGGAAGUGUUACACCCCCCGACAGCCCAGUAAUCCUUUCGCCAACUGGGACAUCCGCACAGGCACCAAUGCGUGCACGAAAACCCUUGUAUAUCCGCGAAGGAGGCAGUAUACCUACCAUUCGGUUUCUAGAAAAGGAGUUUGGAGCACCAGCAGCUCAUUUACCUAUCGGACAGGCUAGUGAUAGCGCUCAUCUUGACAAUGAGCGUCUCAGAUUGCUCAAUCUCUAUAAGGGGCGUGAUAUAUUCAAGAAGGUGUUCCGAGACUUGCCUAGGAAAUAAACACACGGUCUCGCCAGAUGAAACACAGCGGACAAUCCGGUUAUUACGAUAAGCGACUGCCUAGACCUGGAGUAUGUUGUCUUGAGACGUUACG